AUGACUACAUCAAUAGUAGUCGCAUAUCCGACAUACUUGUCCAGAUUCGAAAAAUUUGGGGAUUUUGAUAAGUGGAGGUUUCACUGUCUCAGGAUCAUCCGCUCUGUUUGCAAGGAUCAUCCUGACAUCCAGUUUCGCACCGCGAACGAGGGCCAGUGUGCAGGCGUCUACCUUUCUGAAGAGUUUGACGAUCCGCAAGGUGGCCUGAGGAGAGAAAAGCUCCAGGCCCAUUUUGGUACCCUUCGGUUAGACGGAGAUAUGCUUUGGGUGGUCGUCGAUGGCGGGAGCAGUACUUUCAACAUGCAGGGUCUCGCCUUUUACUUUGAUGAAAAGCUUCAAGUAGAAGCUAGCCAGUCGGUCAGUGGUCCAGGCUGGUCACCAGGAACACGCGGCGGUAGCAACCUGCUUGACGAGAAGGUUCAGGGCUUAUGUCGUCCCCAGUUGGAGGAACUCUCCGUAGAUCUACAAGAUGACAAGCUUGCAGCCGUAAUGAAGGACUUCGAGGAGCAAAAAUGGGGCUAG